GUCUGUGGUUCGCAGACUGGAAUAUAACAGGCACUGGAGGAUUCCUGCUCCGUCCCCUGGUUUGGGCCUUGCGACCGAUGUUGAUUAUCCCUGGAUGGUUGUUUAGUAGAGAGAAUUUACCUACUUUCGUUGCUAUUAAGUAGCCCCCAAAGCGGAACCUUGAUUUGUCUGUAAGGGGGAAACGGAAAAUCUCCUUUUAAAAAGUUGCGCUACGACCCUUUUCCCCUGACUCCCAAUCCCUUAGUUUUGCUGUAGAAGUAGAGGUUUUUUUGGAACAUUGGUCUCACUGUCUGGUGCUGAUCUCCCUGCAAAAUGAGUUUAUGUUUAUCUGGUAUUCGAAGCCUUCCUAAGUUUUGGAAGAGCAACCCAUGCCUUGGGCUAAGCCCAGGGCACUCUUCUUAUCUCUCUCUCAGAGUCUACUGUGGCAUCAGGAACCAACAGAGGUGGUUUUCUCUUAAAACAAUGUGUCCACAAGAUACCAAAUCAAGGAAUCUGCUGAUUACCAAGGCCAGAUAUCUCAGGAAAGAUGAGGGCAGUAAUAAGCAAGUUUCUUCUGAUUUUCCUCACCUUUUUGCAGCGGGAGCAGCUAAGAAGAGAUCUCAGAUGAAUCCUCAGAGUAAAGAUCAUGCCCUGCCACCUGUGAGGAACGCUAUUCAAGUCCCAACAAAACCUUUGAAUUCAGAGGAGUGGGAUAAACUUAAAGAAGAGUUCAAAGGAAAGACCAGUUUUGAAAAUUGGAUCAGUUCACAGAUGGCUCGCUGCCAUAGCUCUGUAGAUGUGGCUAAAUCUCUGCUGGCAUGGGUAGCAGCAAAAAACAAUGGUAUUGUAGGCUAUGAUUUACUGGUCAGGUAUUUAUAUCUCUGUGUCUUCCAUAAGCAAACAUCAGAAGUUAUUGACGUCUAUGAAAUUAUGAAAGCCAGAUAUAAGAGUUUGGAAUCUGGAGGUUACAGUCUUCUCAUCCGAGGAUUAAGUCAUUCAGACAGAUGGAGAGAGUCCUUGUUGCUGUUGGAGGACAUCAAAAAAGUCAUAACCCCUUCGAAAAAGAACUAUAAUGACUGUAUCCAGGGAGCCCUCCUUCAUCAAGAUGUAAACACAGCGUGGCAUUUGUAUCAGGAAUUGCUAGGUCAUGAUCUUAUUCCACUGCUGGAAACUUUAAAAGCCUUCUUUGAUUUUGGAAAAGACAUAAAGGAUGAUCACUAUUCAAACAAACUGCUAGACAUUCUUUUGUAUCUAAGAAAUAAUCAACUAUAUCCUGGAGAGUCAUUUGCUCAUAGUAUAAAAACAUGGUUUGAAAGUGUUCCUGGAAAACAAUGGAAGGGACAAUUUACCACAAUUCAAAAAAGUGGUCAGUGUUUGGGCUGUGGAAGAACCAUAGAGCCUAUUCACCUCAGCCCAGAAGAGUAUGAAUUUCUCAAGGGAAAAAUCAUGAAGGAUGUGAUAGAUGGAGGUGACCAAUACAAAAAGACUACACCUCAGGAACUUAAGAGAUUUGAGAACUUUGUAAAAUCCUCUCCUCCUUUUGAUAUUGUCAUUGAUGGCCUCAAUGUUGCCAAAAUGUUUCCUAAAGCUCGAGAGUCCAAAGUUCUUUUGGAUGUAGUCUCUCAACUAGCCAAACAGAAUCUGCGACUGCUGGUCCUGGGCCGGAAACACAUGCUAAGACAGAGAUCCCGGUGGAGAAAGGAUGAGAUGGAAAAGGUACAAAAGCAAGCCAGCUGUUUUUUUGCUGAUGACAUCUCAAAAGAUGAUCCAUUCCUUCUGUAUGCCACACUGCACUCGGGGAAUCACUGUAAGUUUAUCACAAAAGACCUGAUGCGGGACCACAAAGCCUGCCUACCUGAUGCCAAGACCCAACGCCUGUUCUUUAAGUGGCAGCAGGGACAUCAGCUGGCAAUUAUGAAUAGGUUUCUAGGAUCAAAAGUAACCUUUCAGCAUAUUUUCAGCUAUGACACAGUGGUACAAACAACUGGAGACUCGUGGCACAUACCAUAUGACGAAGACCUGGUAGAAAGAUAUUCCUACGAAGUGCCAACCAAAUGGCUUUGCCUCCACCGAAAGACAUAAAGACUCCUACUAAAAGACCUCAUGCUAAAUUUGUGUUUAGGUGCCCUUCUGGUUGGCAUCAGAGCUCUUAAAUUGAUGCUUGUUUGGAGAAUUGCCUCUGUCCUGAAGAUAAAAGGGUUCUGUUAACACUGGUCUAGUUGGUUUGUAUGUCAACAAAUUGAUUUUUUAAUUAAAUGAGAUAUAUAAUAUAAUAUAUUUUCAUAACCAGUUGCAUUUUUUCCUCUAACAGUUGUUUUCAGAGGCUUAUUCAAAGCUGGGGAACUCAGUACACAGUGAAGCCUACGUUUCUCUUGUUGGGCCAGCUAUUCCACUUAGCUUAGGUGACAGGUAGUGCUUCUGGUAUCCAUUUUGCUACUUCUGACUUCACCUUCUAGGCCCACCAAUAGCAGAACCAAUCUGUCUGGCCCUGGACUAUUCAUUUUGUUUCUAAACACCUUCUCCCAUCUCUGACAUAGUUUCAUUCUCUACAUGUUGUCUCCUUCCCACAUAAAAUCAUUUAUGGUUGUCUGUGAUAAAGUGGACAAGAUAUCAAAAGCUUACUAGCAACUUUUAGUUACUUAUUACCCAGUGAUUUGGGUUGGAGAAGAGGGGGCAAUCACUUUUCUGUAGACUCUGUUGUUUCUUCUACACUCUAUAAUCCUUUUUCCAAAUUGGGUCAACAUUUUGUGAACACUGUUAAUUCCAACACUCAGGAAUGAUUCUAAGGUAUACAGAUUUUUUUUUUCAUUUAAUCAAAUUUGACUUAGUUUAAUAAAGUGAUUAAAUUUUAAUA